GUCCCAUCAUGCGCUGGGGUCAUGCAGUCGGUGGAGAGCAAUUCUGCAUAGCCUGGCUCUAAAAUCUGCGGCCGCCUCGCUCACGCGAGAUCAUCGUUACGCACGUUUUCAUGACGUCAGAGCAAGUCGGACGCAAAUCUACCCAGCAUGCAUUGUGCGCCGAUCGCCGGUGAUCGAUUCUGCGCACGCCUGGCUUAAGUCGAACGAGCCUAAUAGUUUUGCAUCGGUAACGUGCAGUAUGUAAGUUGUUAUUGUUUUAAUACUAGUGAAAUGUGCUAAGUGGUAGGCCACACCCUUGCAGGGGUUUCGUAUUAAUUAAAGGCUGUUACUACCUGACGUUACGGAAGCCCCGCCAGUUCAUUUUAACGGGGUGUGAAGACCCACGAUGAUCUACAUCAUUAUGGGAGUCUCGGGCUGCGGAAAAAGCGCCUUAGGUGCCUUCCUGUCAGAAAAGCUGGGCUGGCCCCUGUACGAAGGGGAUCACUUCCACCCACAGGGGAACAUUCAGAAGAUGGCUCGUGGUGAACCACUCACAGAACAGGACAGAUUGCCGUGGCUUCUCAAACUACAUGACGUCAUUGAGAGAGGACGGUGUUCCCGCUCUGACGCUCUUGUGGCGUGCUCCGCUUUGAAACGCCUGUACAGACAGAUUCUGCUCUAUGGCUCCAAAGCCCUGGACUCCUCCUCCGGUCCAGACCACAAUAUCCUGCCUCCAACCCCUCCCGAUGUCUUUUUUCUCUUCCUACACGGCGACUACGAUCUUAUUCAGCAGAGGAUGGUGGCCCGGAGGGGACACUACAUGAAAGCAGACCUGCUGCGUUCACAGUUUGAUGUUUUAGAGCCUCCAUCGGAUGAAGAGAACGUGUUGCCUUUGGCGAUCAGCAGGAGCGUCACUGACAUGGCCGUGGAGGUCCAGACGCACAUCGUUCGCCUCAAGUCGCCAACAUAAACCACAGUCCAUAUCUAGUUCACGUCUUAGAAUAAAGCACCGUUUCAGUUGUGGUGCAAAGCCACAGAGAAGCUUGUGCAGUAGCGGGAGUUUUGAUUUUAUCUUCCGAUUAGCGCUUCAGGAGAGAAUCUUUAUGAUCCUGUGGUGAAAGUGCCAUUCCACUAUAUUCUUGCUGCAGUGUUGCAAAGGUUUGAAUUAGGACUAUGUGUUAUUUUGGUGCAAAUGAGAUAUAAACCUCCAAUAGUAUGCCACACAGAAAAAGCCUACAAGUUCACACCAGCAGUUAAAUGUAACGUGGAUAAUAACUCUUUUUGAACAUGUAGUCAUUUGUUUACUUUUAUUUUUGACUGCAUAGACGGCAUGUUAUGAUGGACCAAUGCCUUCAGCACAUUUUGUCUUACAAAAGAACAACAAAGGCUUUUUAAAAUGUUUUGCACAGAAAAUUGACCUAACUAUGAAAAAAAAAAAAAAAGGAUUUUACCAAUUGGAUCAUAUUUUCUUGUAUUUUUCGUAGUCACUGUAUUGUGUUGAUUCAGUACGGGACGAUGGAAUUUCAAUAAACUGAUAAUGGUUUUGUAUUUCCUCAAGUUUUUGAAUCCCAUGUUUAAUAUUUAAUUGUACCUAUUAAUUUAGACUAAUUGCUUCAGCUCUAUAGGGAACUCAUUUACAUUUCAGAAAAGAACGCUUUUCUUAAUUCCUGAAA